AUGACAACUCGCAGUACCAGAAGCAAUCGCAGCGGCUACGUACACCAAGUCAUGACUGAUGGCGACGUCUACGUCUUCCUUCUUCAAGUUGCCUACCAUGCUCAUCUCACACAAACCCGCAGAGAUGCCAAAGCAAAGGCACGCGAAAGCUUGUCUCUACACCCAACCGCAUCCUCUUCCAAUGCCGCUGCAUCAUCUUCAAAGAAGGCGUCCGAUUCAUCAUCGUCCAAGUCCGACAGCUGGAUGGGCUUCGCUGGUCUAGCAGAUAUGGUACGCGAUGUUGGUGGGUCUUCCAAAUCAGCACGUUUUCCGGAAAAGCUUAUCAAGAGGCUCAAAGAUCGUCUCGAGCUGAUAGCCAUGGGUCGUGAUGCCCAAUUCAAGGAACAGAGUCUGCGACAAACUAUCGGUAUCUUCUACGGCACAUUCAAGGAGGCUUCGUUCCAGAAGCAGAUGAAGGAGAAUAGGAAGAUCGAGGAGCUUAUCCUCAUCUUUGUCACUACAGCACAAGCGAGCUUGAAGAAGAGAUCGGUAGGUGACGAGUGGAAGCAAGAGCUCAAUAAUCAGGUUGGCCAGUUCGUUAUCAUCAUUCGCGACUGUCUCAAGGCUGUCAGUGGUGUACCGAGAGAGCUCACGGAACGAUUGGAAGGCUACUCGGCCAAACUUGCACCUCCAUCUGCUUCGUCUUCUUCCAGCACCACGGCGGCGGCAAGCACCGGAGUCUCAGCCGGAUCUAACGGAAAUGCAGGUGCAAAAGAGUACAUGAGCGCCAACUCUGCCAGCACAAGUCGACGCGCUAGCUCAGCAAGCACUCUACCCACAACCUCGAAUCCCUUAGCAGAAUCAAGCAUGGCUCGUACCGUCGGUGCGCUCUUCUCAGUCGAUCUCAACCAACUCAGCCAAGAUAUCGAGUUCGUGAAAAAGACAUGCACGGAACAAGCUGCCAUGACAGACCUCAAGCAAUGCGUAAAGAACAUCAACCUCCAACAACCCUGGCCGGGGCGGAAGGAAGACUUUGCAUCCGAUGAAGCGUAUCAACGGUGGAGAACGCAAGAGUUGUCACAGCUGUCUCAGAUUAUGAUGGAAAUGUGUACCAACAAUCCGGAGUUGCUUAAGAGCACUUCUUCCGAUGUUCCGGGCCUUUCGGCAUCGCGUCCCGCGUCGACCAGGCCUGACUCGUAUGGUGGCGGUGGUGGCGGGGCAGGAAAUGGGACACCGUCAUCAGAGAACCCUUCUGCGCCCCCGUCGAAUACGGCUACUCCUGAUGGCGAGUUUGCAGGGCUAUCGAUUGACUCGGGAGAAGAAGACACCUUUGCAUCUUUCGUCUAUAUUCCGCCUGAUCCGCGUGCGUACUACCAUAGAGCACUCGAGAUUUGCAUCGAUUACGAUCUCGAAAUGAUCAAACAUCAACCGGAGGAAGAAGAGGUCUCGCUUAGUAUUCUCUCUAAGAGCCAUGUCGAGCUGCUCGGGGAAUGUGCGCAACGCUGGCGACUCCCAUCGCCGUUCCUCGGCGCGUCGAACCUGGAUGUCAUCAAGACCAAGUACGACAACGGCCAAGUCCCGCUGGACUGCGUUUCCGAAUCGCUUGGCUCGGUCAUGCGCACACUGUCAGAAAUCGACUUUGCGGACUGGAUGCAGCUCGAGCAGUCGACCUUGGUCAAGCUUUUCACGUCGCUCUUCGAAUCGUUCCUGCGAUACCUAUACGAGACUUUCCAAGACAUCCACAAUGUCGAGACCGAAGAGAUCCAGCCUUACCUCGCUAUAAUCCAGGAUCUGCAUUCGAGUGGCUUUGUCCGUCGAGAUCGGCGCUUGGAAGCUGAACCGGUCACACUCGAGUCGCACGUCGAGGAGCUGAAGGAUGCUAUUCGUAUCAUGGCUAUUCACGAUUACACUGCAAAGACGACCGAGUUGUUCUCGCAGAUUGUUACGAACGAGGUAGUCCCACUAGUGCAGUUGCUGAAUUGGCUGGAGAAAGGUGCUAAGAAACUCGACAAGCGAUAUCCGGAACCUAUCUUAGGAUCAGUCGACCCAGUUUCUCUGCUACUCGAAAAGCAAGUCCCACUGUUCCUCGACGAUCUGGAAUCGAUGAAGCAGCAAGUAGUCGACCACGCAACACGCGAACACGAUCCUUUGGCAUUCGAAGACAUCUUCACGCUCUACAAUUGCGUGAAAUCGCUUUUACGCAUGUAUAAAGCCUUCUGUCCCGACUCUGAAAUCACCUUCAGCCUCACAGAUUGGUUCGAACCACACAUCCGACACUGGCUAGUCAACAGCGAAAAGAAGACAGCAGAAUGGGUCCGCAAUGCGAUCCAAAACGACUCCUUCACUCCCAUCGAAAGCGAAGGUGCUGUUCACAGCAGUAGUAUCGAUGACCUCUUUGGUGCUCUACAACAGCCGGUAGAUUUCAUCCUGGGACUUAAAUGGCCGAAUGCGUAUCAAAACGCGAAAUUCCUCACCACCUUGGCGAAGAUCGUCAGUAGGGCAGUAGAACAGUACUGCAGCCGAGUGGAAGAGCUCUUCAUGGAGGAAAUGUUUCCAAGAACAGCAGAAGAUCAGGACAUGGCUCAAAAGCAAUCCGCUUGGAUGGUUAAAGCGAAACAAACCUUGGCGGGCGAGAAGAAGGUAGAGCCGUUCCACUUUCAAGCUACAUCGUGUGUAAGGUUGAACAAUAUCGAAGCAGCAAGGGUGUUGCUGGAUAAGCUGUACCAGAAGAUCGAUGCUGAUAAACAGGCUGAGAUUGUCAAACGGCACGGAUCGGAGGUUUCGGAGAAGAGGGAUAAUGGGAGGUACGUGUUCUCGAUCAAGAUCGUGCUCGGGGAGAACCUUCAGCCGAUCAGAGAUACGAGUAGUAACCCCAGGAUAGACUCUUUUGUCACACUGAGUGAUGAGAGAGGGCAGAAGAUAGCGAAAACGAGGACGAUCUACGAAACAUCGGAACCGAGGUGGGAUGAAGUGUUUGAUGUGCAUGUAGAGCAGUCGAUGUGGUUGGCUGCGACCGUAUGGGAUCGGAAGUUGGUAGGGGAUCAUAAUUUGUCUGGAAGGGCAUACUUAAGGUUGGAUCCUAGGUAUUUCGGCGACUUUUUGUCGCAUGAGUUGUGGAUGGAUUUGGAUACUCAGGGAAGGUUGUUGAUGCGGGUCAGUAUGGAAGGCGAGAGGGAUGAUAUUUUAUAUCAUUUCGGGAGAGGUUUUAGGUCGUUGAAGAGGGCAGAGAGUGAUAUGGUUCGGAUUAUUGUGGACAAGAUGUCGGUUUUCAUAAGGCAGUGUUUGUCGAGGUCGCUGCUCAAGACACUGGUCAAGAGGAGUGGAAUUAAUCUGGAUAAGGCUAUUGGAAACGUCAAAGCGCUUUAUGCGUCUGCGUUGGCGAGUACCAAUGUGAACGCCUCCGUCAUUCCACCUGUCGAACCCGAAGUCAAGCCCAAGAACCGACCGGUGCAAUUGACGGACCACGAGAUCGAAGCAGCCAUCAUCCCUCUACUUGACUACCUCGAUGAAUGUCUUGCAACCCUAAAAGGCUCCUUAUCCGAAUCCGAAGCCCUCCUCGUCCUCACAAAGGUCUGGAAAGAAGUUCUCAACAUCAUCGAAUCCAUCCUCGUCCCUCCUCUAUCCGAUGCACCUUCCUCCAUGUCCCAACUCUCCGACAAAGAAGUGGAUAUCGUAUUCAAAUGGCUCAGUUUCCUCAAGAACUACUUCAACGCCUAUGAUGCCGAAUCAAACAUAGCCCAUGGUGUACCCCUUGACGUCCUCCAAGGUCCCAAAUACCGCGAAAUCCUUUCUUACCUACUCCUGCACGAUCAGUCGACGGAUGAACUGAUGAUGGAGUGCGUAAGAGGAAUGCAAGCGAAGAUGAGAAGGGCGGGGGGCACGCAGAGAAGGGCGAAGAACAAGUCUGUUCUCAACCAGAGAAGUUUGGGUACGAUCAAGAAGAGGAAACAGGAGAAGAAGGAGGAAGAUUCGGAGACUGCUGCGAAUGGGAGCUUGGAUAUGGCUAUGAAGUUGCUGAGGAUGAGACCGGGGACCGGGGAUUUCUUGCAACAACAGAUGGCGACGAUGAAUGCACUGCAGUUGGCGGCGGUGGGGGGUAGUCCGGCGAGGAGCAGUGCUGGUGGGGUGAGUCAGCAGGGCACUCCGGCUAGUCUUCAAGGGCCUUUCGCGGGUGGAAUGGGGCAAAGGGGAAGGAGAGGGGAGAGACUUCCACCAAUGCCAACGGCUACAGCGCAAGGUGGAGGCACGCCGAACGGGGGAGCAGGGGUGGUGAGACCGCAAUCGCAAGGCUAUCAAUUAAGGGAUGAUCCAGUUCCCCCACCUCCGGGACAGCAGAGGCAUUCGGUAUACGGCGAUGGACAGAUGCCAGACACUCCGACUCGAAGAAGCAGCCGACAGUUGGGGGGCAAAAGUCUCUACACAGAUAUGAAGAACGGUAGAUCGCCAGGCGGAGGGCAGUCUGUUUAUGAUAGGAUCUCGAGGCAGUUGUGA